CGUUGAGGGCGCUGUCGAUUACUAUAGCAACACGUUAUGCAUGCAGUAGCGCCGGUGGCGUAGGCCUGUGUGUGUCAGUAUCUUCACUUCUUACUAAGUUUUGCCGGAACCGUAUCGUUUGAAAAGUUAUAACCUAGUAGUACUUGGAAGAGUUUCAGAUAGUUUGCCCACCAAGAUGGCUGCCUUGCACUGGGAGGCUCAGCGGAAACAGGGCGUGGUCGACAAGAGGAGUAAAUUUGAACAAGAACGGCAGGAGCAACUUAAACUUCUGCAAGAACAAAACCAGAAGGAGCUACAGGAGAGGCAAGCCAGACAAGGCUCCAGUUACGAGAAGCAGCUGAAGAAACUGAUCAGUCAGAGCGGUCGGUGCCCGCGAGGCGAGUACCAUCAGAACAGGGAUGUAGAACGGCGACAGGAAUUCUAUGAAUCUACCAAAGGUGACCACAGUGCCAAGAUACAACUACGAUAUAAUGAUAUAAACUUUGCCCAGCAGUGGUAACACAGCAUACCUUCCAGCAUGAUGGAUGUGAUCACAACGUGCGUACAACUAUUAACAUGACCACACAAUUGGUAUUACUUCAAUUCAAAGAGGCAUUUUUGCAAUAUGUAAGUUUUGUAAACGUUUAUUUUUGUCAUCAGGAUCAGCUGUAAAGAAAAGAGUCGACUUUUUAUGUGGGUUUUGAUCGAGCUGUGUAUUUGUAAAUUUUACAUGUUGAUAUGAGUAUUGAAGGGAAGCAUUUAAUAAGAGUAGACGUUUCAUUGGUAUUUUUGUAGACCUUCAAAUUGUAAUGUAUUUUCUAUCAAACACUGACAUUUGGAUUUGUCCAACUGGAUUUGAAGUCCAUUAAUUUUAUGAAAAGACAUAUUUUGACGUCUUUCAAUUGAGCAAUUAUGACAACAAUAAACGAAGAGUUGGUGUCAAUCACCGUCCUUCCAUCAAAAUCUUGAGGAUUAAAAAAUACACUCGGAAAAAGUGAAUACAUUGUAGCCAGAAAUUUGGAAGGAAAUACUUCAGAAGAUUCUGUUAACAAAAAAAUCAGACCCUUGUCCUCGAUUAUAUUAGGAUGACCACAACCUGUGCUACUAUUGUAAAAUUAAGAUUUUAUGAAAUCAUGGGAGAGGGAGGUAGAUUGAUCAGCACUACAAAUAGCUAAUUUGUAAUAACAAUCAAUAAAUAGUACAUGUACCAAAGGAAAUAGUAAAGCUCCGUUAAAACAAUGUACGUUGUGUAUAAUUGUAAAUAUGCAUUCAUGCAGUUGCAGUGUUAACAGAUGUCAUUUAAAAGCUGUGCUCAGUUUUGUAUUCACAAUUGUAUGUAUUUUUAUUUGUCGAGGUAUUAUGCAAUGUAACCAUUUUGUAUUGGAUGUUGUUUUACUCCCUUGUAAUGGCUGUGUGGCUUUUAUUAUCAUAAUAAACUUUUGACUUGAAU